CGUUCCUGUUGCGUGUCUCCUACAUUGAGAUUUACAACGAAACGCUCCGUGACCUGCUCAACUUUAAGAAGGGACCCUUGUCAGAUGAUGAAAAGCCGGCCAUUCACACUCGAAAGGGCAAAGUCUUUGUUGAGCCACUCGUCGAGGAGAUUGUGUCAACCCCACAGGAUGUGGUGACACUUCUGGCCCGCGGCAACACCAACCGCAAGACGGGUGCAACCGACUGGAACGAGCGCUCAUCUCGCUCGCACGCCGUGUUCCAGAUUGUCAUCGAGUCGCGCCCGCGUGACAGCGUUGGCGAUGACGAGAUUCGCGUCUCCCGCCUCACCCUCAUUGAUCUGGCUGGUUCAGAAAAGGCCGUUUCCGACGUCGAGCGUCGUGGCGAGGGCAAGCAUAUCAACCAGAGUCUCCUGGCCCUCCGCGAGGUCAUCAACAAGCUCACCGAAAAGGGAAAGAAGACGCACAUUCCUUACCGCAACUCAAAGCUCACGCACCUCCUGGAGAAUGUUCUCGGUGGCGACUCUAACAUUUGUGUCAUCUGCACAAUGUCAGCGGAGGAAGUGCACUCUCCCGAGACUCUUGAGACGCUCAAGUUUGCUGGUCGUUGCUCGCAGGUCGAGACCAAGGCCCAGAAGCACGUACUCCUUUCUUCCGACCGUGCUGUCAUCCGUGCCAAGGACAUGGAGAUUAUCGAACUCAAACGACAGCUCGAGGAGCUGGGUGGCGGCCAGCGCAACUCUGGCAACAGAUCGACGGAGAUGGCCGAGCUUGCCGAUUCUGUCGCUGCCAUGGAAGCACGCAAGGCCAAACUGUCGGAGCAGCUCGCCAAGCUCAAUGGGGAGAUUCUGACAUCCGAGUUACCCCGCUCGGGCUUUGGCCUCCCCAUCGUCUCGCCCCGAAAGAAGCGCCCUAGGAUUAGUGACUUCACUUCUCUCUCAAGUGCCGCGAUGGGCACCAUGGGCGGCAUGGGCAUUGGCCUGGGCACCCCCGUCAAAUCUGUCGACCGGCGCGCCGUCAGCCACAUGGUCCGCGUGUCAGAGGACGACCUGGCCGCCGCAGGCGCCCGUGACGCCAUGGUGGAAAAGCUGGACCGCAUCAACAACGGCUUUGACACCGAAAUCGCAGUCACGUCACUGCGCCGCGUCAUUGCCACCAAGGAUGAAGAGCUUGCCCAGCAGGCCCAGCGCCUUGUCAACGCCAUCGACGACGCCAACGAGCUGCCUGGUGUCAAAUCAGAGCUUAUCAAUAUCAAGGCCGACUAUGCCGCGACGCGCGACGAGUACAACACCAAGCUGCGCGAUGUCGAGGCCGAGCUCGAGUCGACACGCGCCGAGUAUCUGCACGCCCUGGAGGACAAGGGCAAGCAGAUUGACCGGCUCGAGGGACAUGUGCUCGAAAUGCGCCUUGCGCACGACGAGCUAGUCAUUGAGCACAAGAACAAGCUCGACAAGUUCCAGCAGGACCUCGAAAUGAGCGAAAAGGAGCGUUCGAGCCUGUCCGACAAGCACAAGAUCGAAAUCACCAAGGUCAAGGACGCUAUCCGCGGGCUGCGUGCCCAGGCCAAUGACCAUGCGGCCAGAGCCACCGCCCUGGACACGACACGCGCCGAGCUCGCUGCAGCCAUUGCCAAGGUUGAAACCGAGCGCGAUGACCUCAUGUCCGAACGGGACAAGCUCAAGGCGACCCACGCCAACCUCAUGACCGAGCGUGAUGCCCUCCAGACGGACGCAAACGCAAAAGCCUCGCACAUUACCACACUCCGCGCCGAACGUGACGCCAAGGCCGCCCAGCUCGACGAUUUCCAACGCCAAUCCCUGCAGCGCGAGUCUGAAGUGGUGACCACUCUCCGCAACGACGUUGGUAGCCUCCGUGCCGAGCGCGAUGCCGCACAAAGGGACCACGACGCUGCCAAAGCCGAUGCUAAAAUCAAAGCGGACCAGCUUGAUGAGUUCCAACGCCAGGCCCUCCAGCGCGAGUCCGAGUUCAACACGGUCCGCACCGACCUCGUCCAGGAGCGUGAGAGCAAGGCCAAGGCUGAGAACAAGCUUGCCCACGAGCGUAAGGUGGUCGAAAAGUACAAGGACACCUUUACCAAGGAGAAGGAGAUCCGCGAAAAGAUCAAGGCCGAGCACAACGAGUCACGCAAGAAGCUCUCCGAGUGUCAGGCUGCCAACGCCAAGCUCGAGGAAGCAAUCAAGGAGCUCAACAUCAAGCUCGAGGCCAUGCAAGAGGCUGCCGUCAAGCGCGAGACCGAGCUCAAGGGCUCUGUCAACUCUCUCGUUUCCGAACGCGACAUUCACCGCGACCACGCCGCGCAGCUCAAGGGUCAACUUGCCAGCUCGCAGUCUCAGUUCAAAGACAAGGAGCAAGCGCACGCGAGUUCCCUUCGCGAGGUCGAGGCUUUGCGUGCCGGUGCCAACGUUGCCGAGUCUAUGAAGGCCGAGUUGGCGAACGCACGGUCCAUGCUUGACAAGGAGCGCAAGGAGCGUGCCGGCCUGGUCGAGGCGCACACUGCAGCCGCGGCUCGUGGCGACUCGCUCGCUUCUCAGCUGGACGCUCUCAAGGCCACCGCCGACAAGGACAAGGACACUCGCUCGGACAUCUCCACUACCCUUGACAAGACGAAGGCUUCACUUGCGGCUGAGCAAAAGGCCCACGCCGACACUGCCGCCAAGCUCAAGACUGCCGCCGACCAUGUGGCAGAGUACAAGCGCCAGAUUGCGUCAGAGCAGCAGAUUCGCGCCGACCACGACAAGGAGGCCAAGAAGGCUACCGAGGCACACCAGGCCGCUGUGUCUGCCCUCCGCAAGGAGGUGGACGAGCACAAGGCUGCGCGCGGGGCUUCGUCUUCCACCACCGACAAGGUUCGCUCCGACCUUGACCAGGCCCGUGCCGAGCUUUCCCAGUGGAAAACGGCGCAUGCCGAGGCCGACCGCAAGUAUGAUACCGAAAAGCAUGCUCGCGAGGAGUCGGAGAGGGCUGCCGCUGCCGCCCGUGAGCAACUGUCCGAAGAGAUGGGCAUGCGCGAGGGCAGGGGCAAGGAGAUUGAGGGCAUCAAGCAGGAGCUCGCUGCUGCCUCCAACUCUCUGGCCAUUGCCAACAGCGAUCUCGCCGUCGCCAAGACGGAGAUUGAGACGCUCCGCAAGGACCUUUCUGGUACUCGGGAACAGCUCUCUGGUUGUCACAGGGAACUGGAUGCUGCCACAAAGGAGAUUGCCUCGCUGAAGGCCGACCUUGCGAACGCCAAGACCGCCGCCGCCGCCGACACGGGCACUCAACUGGCCAUGCUCCAGAAGGAACUGGACCUGGCACGUACCGAGCACGAUGCCAUGCGUGCCCGCAGCGAUCGCCUCGCUGCCGAGCUCACCAACAAGGACACGUCUGCUCAGACAAGUCAAGAGAUUGAGCAGCUCGACAAGGUCGUCGAGGCACAACGGGCCAUGAUUGAAGAGCAGCGGGCCAAGAUUCAAUUCUGGUCUGAGCAACUGGAGAAGCAGCGGGAGGUCGUCCGCAUGCUCACAGAAGGAGACACUGCCGUCGCGCCGACCACUCCUCGCGGUCAUUCCCGUACUCAAUCGACUUCGGCCGUUCCCAGCAGCCCCUCCACUCCAGGAGCAUACACACGGGCGACUCGUUCCGGCAUUCCCAACACGUUUACCGCCCGCAACCUUGCGCUUCCUUCCGCCCCGUCUCCCUUGCCCAUGCACGACGGAAUGAUGAGCACAAAUGCGCUCCGCAAGGCGCGCAGAAUUACCAUUGAGCACGACAUUGAUCGUCUCCAGGGUCAAGAGAAGGGUCGCGUGAGUCGUAUCAAGGGAGCGUUCGAGAGUCCAGACAGGGACGCGGCGCCCAAGAGGCGCAUGUAG